CUCUCUGGCCACGUGCUCAACAGCAGUAAUGGCGAUGAAGGGAUGUUGUUGAAGACCAUAGUGAAUUCUACUUUAACAAUGCUAAAAAGAGAGCCGUUGGAGGUAGCCAAACAUCCAGUUGGAAUGGAUGAAAUCGUAGGUGACUUUGAGAGAAGUCAAAAAAAAUGUUUUGAGAGUGAGCAGCAAGUAAAGAUUGUAGGGAUUGUAGGGUUUGGGGGCUCUGGUAAAACUACAAUCGCAACAGAGCUUUACAAUAGAAAAAGUUAUUCCUUCAAUUGCUCCAGUUUUCUGCAUGAUGUGCGAGAUGCCGCAUCCAAAAAUGCUUUGCAUACCAAGCAGAACAAACUGCUGGCUGACCUCCGUAUUCAAACUAAAUCAUUUGACAACGUGAAGGAUGGCAAGAUAAUUCUAGAAAAAAACUUGACAUCUCUUCGCAUGCUCGUAGUUUUGGAUGAUGUAGAUCACGCUGACCAAGUCGAUGCUCUGUUGCCACCAAAGGAGAGUCUCGGAUCAGGUAGUCUGAUCAUUGUUACGACACGUGAAGGGAAGGUCCUUAAAAAUUGUGGCAUCACCUCCAUUUACAAAAUGCAACCCCUGGAUUCUUUUCAUGCCAAGCAGCUCUUCUGCUGGCAUGCCUUCUUACAACCUGACCCACUAAAAGAGUUUGAAGGUUUAGUUGAAAAAUACAUGGAUGUUUGCCGUGGGUUGCCUUUGUCUUUGAAGGUCAUUGGAGGACAGCUUUACGGCCAAAGUUCCGAGGAUUAUUGGGUCUCUCAGCACGAUAAGAUCAAGAGGAUAUUGCCCAUGGAAAUUUUGCAGAGGCUGAGAGUAAGUUACGAUGCCCUCGAUGAAGAGGAGAAAGAAAUAUUUUUGGAUAUUGCAUGUUUCUUUAUUGGUGAAAGAAAAAGCUCGGCAAUUGCCCUGUGGGAUGGAUCAGGCUGGAGCGGCCUACAUAGCUGGGAAAUGCUUCACAACAAGUGCCUUGUUGAGCUGGAUGGGGAAGAGUGUAUAAGGAUGCAUGAUCAUCUUAGGGAUUUAGGAAGAGAAAUUGCAAAGAAACACUCACCAUCUCGAAUCUGGUUUCAGAGGCAGAGCAUGGACAUUCAGCAAGGAAUGUCGGUUCGAGGAAUAGAUGUCAACAUAAAUCCUUAUCUAAAUGACACGCCGUCCAAGGAGUACAUGGAGAUGAUCAGGAUAUCAAAUGUCAGGGUUGGAUUACAAAUUCUUACUGUUACAGAAAAUGAUUUAACCCAAGAAUGUGGGGGGCUAUUCAGAGGCCUUUUGUGGCUUCCUUCACCAGCUAUAUUUUAA